GAGACGAGUGGAGGAUCCCAGAGGUGGGGGACUUGUUCAACGAUGCCGACGACCGUGAGGAGGCGGACCAGCAGCAGCUCCAGAAGCUCGGGUCCGACAUAGAGGAGCUGGACAGGUUGGCCCGAGCUGCAGCCCAGCAGUUCCAUAAGUUCAGCGGGAUCAGCGAGAUAGAGAUGCAGGAAUUCAGGCCGCGCGCAGCAGGCGAGCAGUGUCCAGAGCACGUCGCAAAGCGGAAGGGGCACAUUGCGAAGCUCAAGCAGCAGGCGGACACCAAG